CCCGAUUAACUAAUAUCUCACAGCUCGUACGGACAAGUCUAGCAAGAUGAACUCAUCUCGUACGGACAAGUCUGGGAAAAAUGGAUUCGCAGUUGAGACGUGGAACAGAAUCUCACGGCUUGGACUGGAUUAUAUAUCGACUGUUUCUUCUUCUUCUUCUUCAAUCUUACCACCAUUCAGAUUGACUUCCUCACUUCGUUCUUCCUCUUCUCACUCCUGCUUCUCCUUCUCCUCAACAUCAUCUAUAGCAUCACAAUGUCUCCUCAAACCAUAGGCAUCGCGAUUAUCGCCACGGUUUUCUUCAUCAUUCGAUAUCUAAAUCGUACAGAUACUCCAAAGAUUAAGAAUUUACCGGAAAUUCCUGGAUACCCUCUCUUUGGAAGUCUGUUGGAAUUUGGUGUCUCUCAUGCAUUGGUAGCCAAAAGAUUGGCCGAGAAGUAUGGUGCCGUCUUCCAAGUCAGGUUGGGAAAUAGGCGCAUUGUAUUCGUCAACACCUUUGAUGCUGUCCGCUAUUUCUGGGUGACCAACCAAUCAGCCUUGAUUUCUCGUCCUACUCUUCAUACUUUCCAUAGUGUCGUAUCUACUUCUCAAGGUUUCACCAUCGGUACUUCCCCUUGGGAUGAAUCUUGCAAACAGCGAAGAAAGGCUGCAGCUACUGCUUUGAAUCGUCCGGCUGUUCAAACCUACAUGCCUAUCAUUGAUCUUGAGUCUAAGGUUUCCAUCAGAGAAUUACUCAAUGAUAGCAAGAAUGGUCAAGUUGAUAUUGAUCCUAUCUCUUACUUUCAAAGAUUUGCUCUCAACACUUCUUUGACAUUGAACUAUGGAUCAAGACUUGACGAAGAUAAGGACAAAGACUUGCUUCAGGAGAUUUGUGAUGUGGAAAGAGCUGUUAGCAAUCUCAGGUCUACGAGCAAUAACUGGCAGGAUUAUAUUCCACUGCUGAGAUUGUUACCAAAAUCGAACGCUGAGGCUAUCGAAUACAGAGAAAGAAGAGACAAGUACUUGAAUUUCUUAUUGAACAAACUCAAGAAACAAAUCGAAGAAGGAUCAGACAAUCCUUGUAUUACCGGAAACAUCAUCAAAGAUCCUGAUGCGAAGUUGAACGAGAAUGAACUCAAAUCUAUCUGUCUAACCAUGGUUUCUGCUGGUCUUGAUACAGUUCCUGGUAACUUGAUUAUGGGCAUUGCAUAUCUUUCCUCUGAACACGGUCAAGAGAUUCAACAACGAGCAUAUGAAGAAAUCAUGAAAGUUUACCCCGCUGGAGACGCAUGGGAACGUUGUCUUGUUGAAGAAAAAGUUCCUUAUGUUACUGCUUUCGUUCGUGAAGUUCUUCGAUUCUUCACCGUUAUUCCUAUUUGUCUUCCAAGAACCAGUAUCAAAGAUAUUGAGUACAAUGGAGCUACUGUCCCAGCUGGUACUACAUUUUACAUGAACGCAUGGGCUGCUGACUACGAUUCAACUCACUUCAAAUCUCCCGAUACCUUCUCCGUUGAACGCUACCUUGACAAUCUUGAAGGAAGUGGAACACCUCACUAUGCUUACGGUGCUGGCUCUCGCAUGUGUGCAGGUUCACAUCUUGCAAAUAGAGAACUCUUCACUGCUUUUAUUAGGUUGUUCACAGCUUUUCAGAUUGUGGCUCCAAAAGAUCCAAAGGAUAGACCGAUCUUGGAUGCCUUGGAAUGCAAUGCAGUUAAGACUAGUUUGACAACAGAUCCCCGUCCAUUCAAGGUCGGUUUUAAGGUUAGGGACCAAGGGAAGUUGGAGAAAUGGAUGGGUGAGGCGGAAGAGAGGACGAAGGAUCUUCAUUGAGAAGAAAGAGGGCGUAAUGAUUUUGGGAAAUAUGAGGAGAGAGAUGACUCAUAAUCCAUUGGGUUAUGCUGGAGGAAAUUAUAUCAUGAUUCAUGACACGAAAUGAAACUUCAUAGAUAUUUGUAUGUCUUGGUCUUGUGUAUUGUAUGCUGCAUAGCGAGUUUUGGUUUUUACUGUUUUCUGCAUCUAUUUCUAUAUCCAAGAGGUACAAUAAAAAUGAGAAAGAUCUUAUUCAACCUUUCUGCGCGCUUGAAAGGUUCACAAUGUAUGCCUCGAAUAGUUGGUAUAUCUCGUAAAACUCGUGGAAAGUCUCCAUCUUGAUUUA